CGUUGCAUACGUUUCGAGGUCCGUUAUUGGUUUUUUGCGUGUAUAUUCUAUUUUAACUGUUACUAUAUUCUAAUUUCGCACAAAAAUAGAAGAUUAAAGUUAUUGCUCUUCUUUUGCUCCACGUGUGGUUCCAUUGUUGGAUCAGAUCGUAUCGUGUGCAGUCCUCCUCAUAGCGCGAGCAGUGUUUGAGUGUGGGUGAAUCUGUGCUGAAUAUCGCUCGCGUUAAGUGAAUGCAGAAAAUUAAACAGAUUCGCGAUCCGGAAACGACCCUUGCAAACCGUUAAAUCUUUGGCUUUGGCUGCUGCGUGAGCGGAGUUGCGUAGUGCGGUUGUGCGUGAGUCUGUGCAACAUCCAAUACCCUCCCCUCCAGCGCAGCUCGCAAACCCCCAGAGCCAACAAGACAAGUCCUGCCGGGUCGCGUUCAAACAAGUUCUCAACACUGAGUCAGCAGAGGGUAGUUGCGUCAUUUUGAGCAAAACAGCCGAGCUUAUCGUGACGCGGAGUUCGAUCUUUGGAUAAACGUACUACAGUGAUCGUGCGCGCGCUCGUUUAUGUAUAAUCAGCAGAAGAUUAUUUGAUUUGUGCUCAAGUUCUGUGUAUAUGUGCCAGUGCCUGUGGCUGAUAUGAUUCAAAGGGCGGUGUUUGAAUGGUGAAAAUCGACGGAAGGAUUGAAAAGACGCGUGCAAUACUGUGCAUCAUUGAAUCACCACCACUUGCAUCAUCAUUAUCGCGCCGCAAAAACUGAACGCUUUUGAUUAACGCGUGACAGUGUUUCGCGAACGAACAAAACAACCAAAAAUCUCGACAACCAACUUGAACACCGGAGCAUCGUGGACCGUGAGUGAUCAUCAUCGUCGGCCCCACCAUCACCAGCUUCCGGUGACCCAACCAGCUGGCUUCCCGGUCCUAAGGUCAGUUCCUCAGCACCCCGCGCGCGACGACGACGACGACGGACGCCGGAGAAUGGUUUUAGGGCGUCACUGAUGCGUUUCUAGUUAAAGUACAGAGCAUGACCGACGCACUCAAGAUGACCGACAUGCAGCAGCGGGCCAGCAUCGAGUUCGAGCGCCAGCGCCACCUGGCGAACUGGCUGAUCGAGUCGAGCCCGCACAUGCCCAAUCCGACGGCCGCCCAGCAGAAGCAACUCCAGCAACACCAGCAGCAACUCCAGCAGCAACAGCACGCCCAACUGCAGCAGCAACUAGCCGCCGUCGCUGCCGCCGCCGCCGCAUCCGGUAACGCCGGUGGCAAGAAACAGUUCGCCGGUGGCAAAUUCAAACCAAAUCCGAUGUUCCUGCUAGCGAAGAUCGGUCAAAACCUUGCGCCCGGUGGUGCCGGUGCCGUGGCUGGUGGUACCGGCAUCGGAACCGCCACCGACGGUUCGCUGGCCGCGGCCUCAACGUUCAACUCGCAGACCAACCUGCCGCUGCAGAUCCUGCAACCGACGGGUGGGGGGCGCGACGGUGGUAAACCGAAGCUGAGGCGCUUCAACUCGCACGACACCAGCGCCAACAUGUUCUCAGUGGCCGAGUUCGAGAAUGCGCGGAUGGCGCGGCGGAACGAGCUGGAAAAUGCGGCCCUGCUACGCCAGCGCCAGCGCUACAAACUCAACUCCCUCAACUCGUCUGGCGCUGGUGGAGGCGAUUGCUCGACCGGCGAAAGCAAGGGUUCGAAGCUGUCGACCGAAUCCCUUACCGAACCGCUAGUGGCGGACCAGUUCCUCGAGCGCUUCUCGUUACCACGCGUCAUCCGACUUACGUACACGUCCAGCUCGACGUCCUGCGCUGGUUCCGCGGUUUCGGCAUCGACGGCGGGGGCACUCGCAGCGGGACCAACCACCGGCGACCACACCAUGACCUCGUCCAGCUCGGCCGAAUCGAGCAGCACGGCGGAACGGUCCGGUUCUGGCGGUGGUGGCGGUGUCUCGAAGGCGAAAUCAAAGAAGGCGACCAAAGCGUCGGCCAGCAGCAGCACCGGCACCACGACGACAACGACGGCGGCCGGUGGCGAUCUGUUCCUGCUGUACCGGUACAUGAAGAGCUACAAGAGCUACCACGUGUUCAACACGAAGGCCGGCACGAGCCGGAAGAAGGGCUACAAGAUACCGCAGGACUAUCCCGGCUACUUCUCCUUCAUCAACGACAAGGGUGCGGCAACGGCCACCAUCUACACGACGAUCGUCCAGCUGGUGCGGGAUCAGGUCUACAAGUUUCUGUCGCUCGAGAAUCUGGCCGCCUAUACCGAAUCGCACGACAACUUUAGUCACAAGGCGCACUACGUGAAGGCCACGGCAAAGGCGGGCCAGGUGUACCGUUUGCUGGCCGUCUUCCAGGACGGUGACCACAAGACGGCCUCUAGUCACAAGGAAAGCACGGGCAGCGCCAGCGAUCGGCAUGUUAGUGGGCGCGAGAAGGAGCGCGGCAAGUACGCGCAGCUCCUCGACGACAAUCGACAGAUCUUCUACGUGUCCCUGUCGGCCAAGGGAAAGUUUUACGAAAUCGAGCAACACAGUGCACCGGUACUCCAGAAGCCGCCAGUCGGUGGUAACUUUGGCAAUUUGCAGCAACAGCAGCAGCACCAGGGCAGCCUGACGGGUGGUGGUUCGGCCAGUAGCAACAGCAUCAACAAUGCGCAGCUGCACCGCAAACAGGCGGGCGCACCACCACCGCGACACCUUAGCCGGGACUGUGUGCAUCGGAUCGGGUUCAUCAUGCAGUCGGACGUCAGUCUGCCGGUGAAUCUGCGGCUCAUCUCACCACACCAGACUGGACCACACUCGACCGUACCCGAGUACGUAACGAUCGCGAAGAUCAGCGAGGAGAACUUUAUCGUGGCCUGUCCGCUGGAUGAGCAGCAGCUCACGUCAACGCUGACACUGACCAAGCUGCAUCUGGCGCCGCAGAUGAAGUUCACCAAGUGCACGAUGGGUUUCGAGAGCGAACAGCACAUGCUGCUCAAUCCGAACGUGCAGACGGUGCUCAAGUUUUGCCAGUUUAACUGCGACAACUUCCUGCGCAUCGUCGACCACGAGACGAACGCGAUCGAGCUGCAGCAGAUGGUGGCAUCGGUGCAAGUCGCUGCCGCUGGUAGUGGCCAUCCGACGACGGUGAACGUAUCACCAAACACCACACUGACGACGACGACGACGACCACCGGACCCAGCUCGCUGAUGUCGAGUGCCAGCGGUCACCACCGGGAGCCAAAGAGCGAGAUGUUGAAAGUGUUUGGUCGAUUGUUUGGUGGUGGUGGUGGUGGUCAUGGUGGUAGUAGUGGUGGCAAUGGUAGCGGACACGAUCGUCACUCCGGUUCCGGUCACGAGAAGGAAGAUUCCAUCAUAUUUUUGAGUAAAAAUGAUCUGGAAAGUCUUGAGUGUAGCGGCCGCGAGGCGAUCGAGGCGGAACACCAACACCACCACCACCACCAGCAGCAGCAGCAACACCUCGAUCAUCAUCAGCAUCACAGUCUGGGCGAUCGGUCCGUAAGAUCGUACGAUGGGCAGGGAAGGGAGUCGGGGACGAAUCAACAACCCCACUCGCUCCCAGCACUAUCCGCUUCCGGUGGGUUUAGCGAGAAGAUGAAAGUCUUCACACCGAACGGUGGAGUGGCCGGAGGGAAGAAAACGUCCUCGACGAGCCGCUGGUUCAAGGGCUUGGGACGAUCGGUGACGGGCGGCGGACACCAGGGUGGCAAUGGGCCCGUUUCGGCUGACGACGAGUGGGACAAGCGUACGAGCCUCGAUCGGUACAAGGACAUGUCGAAGCUGAUCCAGGAGCGGUUCGGAACGCUUGCCCUAUCGUCCCGUGCUCACUCGGACAUCCUCGGUGGAGCGGGGUACGAUGAUACCGGGGCGCCCAUGUCGACGACCGGAACGCUCGUCAGCCUCAAUCCUGCCGCCUCGAGCGCGGACAUGACGAUGGGCGGUGGUGGCUACGGAUCCGAUACGCUCGUCAGUGGUGGUAGCGCUGGUGGUGGCGGUAGUGUCGGAAUGCAAAAGUCACGCUCCUUGCAGCACAUCGAGCACCAGCAACAGCAGCAGCAGCACAUGGCACGCGGCCAGAAGGGGCGCAAUAGGCCCGAUCUAGUGACAAAUCUGUCCGGUUCGGUGGACGGUGACACGAUCCAUACGUUCGAUCCGGACGAUGCGGACCGGCUGUCGGAGCUGGAGGGCGAUACGUUGAUCUUUCCGUUGCGCCACUCCAGCCACCAGCAGUCGUUCAUGACGCAGAAGCUGUACAACGAGUUCCACGUCAAGACGAAGCAACACAGCAAGUCCUCGUCGAGCAUACAGCAGCUACUGCACCUGGCCAGUGGUGGUGGUGGUGGUGGUGCAUCGGGCAAGGUACUCGGGUCGAAGCAGCGUGCCUCGGGCAGACAGCAGCAGCAGCAGCAGCAGCGUCACUGUAACGAGGUGAUCCUUUCGUUCGACGAUCUGCGCUACAUGAACAGCGAGGAAGCCGAGGAGCAGGAGCGUCGCUCAGUCCACCGGAAUGGCGCCGGCGACGCCAGUAGACGGAUGCGGCAGGCGGAGAACCGGAUGUCGGCUCCACUGCCCGCACCACCGAAAGUGCUGGAGGACGAUCUGCCGUACAGUAGCGUGCGGGACUCGAUCAUGAUCCAUGACGAUCCGCAGCAGGCGGACGAUGAUGGGGAGUCCGUGCCGACGGAGAGCAUCUAUGCGGAGAUCUGUGCUGACCAUGGGCCCACAACCACCUCACCGACUGCCACCACCAGCAGCGGAUGCAGUACCGGUAGCACUGGCAGCAGCAGCAGCAACGGCAAUAGAAUGGCUCCGUCUUUAGCGACGAGCAACCAGCAUACGGUUACGAUCAGUACCGGCGGUGUGGUGCGCUCAUCGGAGAAACGAUUCGUCAGCAUCCGGAUCAAUGUGCCACCGUGCGAUGCGGGUCCGGUGAGUCUCAACCCGGCCGGCGGAGCAACCGUCACGGUUCGUGGAGGUAGUAGCGGCAACAGCAGCAGCAGCAACAACAGUAGCCGCUGCUCGUCGACCGUCUCUAGUCCCAUCGAAGACAACAUCUACAACACGAUCAAGUGAACACCGCCGGAUCGAUGGCCGGAACGAUGGUGAGAUACGUACGUGGCGCGGCGCGGCGCGGCGCUUUAAAACAGUUGUUGGAAACGACGACCAAAGUAUUACCGGAAUUUGUGAUAGUGUGAAGACCGUGCGAUCACGGAAUCACGGAACACUAAGGGAGAGAAAAGGGACCAACGACAACGACGUUUGCAUGCUACUGACUGGCGGUCAAGGAGCAUCCGUAAAAGUAGAACCGUGGCGAGAAGGUGUGGUUGCGUACAAAACGCUUAUGGAAUAGAGGUAAAGCAGGGUGGUUGAUUGUUUCGUAAUAUUUUGAAUUUUAAAUUAGACAAGAAGACCCCUUUUUGUGGCACCCGAUACAAACACGAUACAGCAAAAUUGCACUCAAAGGUACGGUGUAGUGAAACCGGGCAAGAACCAGGACGAGAGAAAUGUUGGUGAACGAUAUCUAUAGAUGAGUUGGCCACGACGGUAGGGGAAGGCAGCAUUAUACGAAACCGAUUGUAGGAUAUAGAGCAUUAAUUUAAAUAAAGAAAGGGCACAAUUUUGUCUGGUAACAGCUGUACAGCGUAAGUGCGAGUGAGAGUUUAAAACGGCUCAAUAAAAAAUGUGUUUGGUGAUAUGUUUGUAGUACCAAAAUGAAA